UCGCCUUCAGCGGAAUUCACAUGCUUUGAAUUCGAAGGACAGUUCCCACUUGCUCCGUUCUUCGAUCAUUCCAGCGCCAAAAUUCCCAGAUUCUUUCCGUAGAUUCCAGUCUCCACCGACCAUCGCGAUUGUUUAAUGCGCCGUCACAUGUAUAACUUCCUCGUUCCACGUUCCAACUCUCGAUUCGUCGUCAUACCAUGCUUGUUUAAUUGAAUUACCACGCCCCAUGUGCUCGGCUUUUGAUCGUCGUCCUAGAAUCAUCCUCUCGCCCGUCUUUAGCUUUUGAGAAAUCCUCAAUUUGAGAUUGAUUCUGAGAAAGAGUAGUUCGUGUUUGUUCGUUGGUUUCAUCAUUGUCGUUUAGUUUUCCGGAUUGAAGGGGGGAAGAUGAAUGUGGUCAAGUCUCAGGUAUGGCAACCGUGUAAGAAGAAGAGAUCUUGAUCGGGGGAAUUUGUAGGGAGGAAGGGGUGAAAGAGUUUAGAAUUGGAGACGGAUAUGGCUUCCAGGUCCAGCGGUCAUAACAAAGCGCGGGUCGGGAGAUACGAGCUGGGACGAACCCUUGGAGAGGGCAGCUUCGCCAAGGUUAAGUUUGCUCGGAACUGCGAGACAGGGGAGAAUGUAGCCAUCAAAAUUCUGGACAAAGAGAACAUUCUCAAACACAAGAUGAUCGGGCAGAUUAAACGUGAAAUAUCCACUAUGAAACUCAUUAGACAUCCAAAUGUCAUUCGCAUGUAUGAGGUGAUGGCUAGCAAGACCAAGAUAUAUAUUGUCUUGGAAUUUGUAACGGGUGGAGAACUGUUUGACAAAAUUUCAUGUAAGGGAAGACUGAAAGAAGAUGAAGCAAGAAAGUAUUUUCAGCAGUUAAUAAAUGCAGUGGAUUAUUGUCAUAGCAGAGGUGUUUGUCAUCGAGACCUAAAGCCAGAGAAUUUAUUACUGGAUGCUAGUGGUGUUCUAAAAAUUUCAGAUUUUGGAUUGAGUGCUCUACCUCAACAAGUACGAGACGAUGGAUUACUUCACACAACUUGUGGAACACCCAAUUAUGUUGCUCCAGAGGUUAUCGACAAUAAAGGGUACUUUGGAGCAAAGGCUGACCUUUGGUCAUGUGGGGUUAUCCUUUUUGUUCUCAUGGCAGGCUACUUGCCAUUUGAAGAGUCCAAUCUCAUGCAACUGUAUAAAAAGAUAUUCAAGGCGGACUUCACAUGUCCUCCAUGGUUCUCCUCUAGUGCCAAGAAAUUAAUCAAGAGGAUCCUGGAUCCGAAUCCAUUAACUAGAAUUACAAUUGCUGAAAUCCUUGAGAAUGAUUGGUUUAAGAAAGGAUACAAGGCACCCAGUUUCGAAAAUGACGAAAUCAGUCUUGAUAACAUUGAUGACAUCUUUAAUGAAUCAGGGGGCACUGAUAACCUUGUUGUUGAGAGGAGAGAAGAUAAAUCUGCAUCACUUGCAUCACCUGUCACCAUGAAUGCAUUCGAGCUCAUCUCUAAGUCUCGGGGCCUCGACCUUGCCACUCUCUUUGAGAAGCAAAUGGGCAUAAUUAAACGUGAAACAAGAUUCACAUCCAAUUGUCCAGCAGAUGAAAUCAUUUCGAAGAUAAAAAACACAGCUGUUCCUUUGGGUUUUGAUGUGAAGAUUAAUAACUUCAAGAUGAAGCUCCAAGGGGAAAAAACUGGACGCAAAGGUCAUUUAUCGGUUGCAACAGAGAUCUUUCAGGUUGCUCCUUCACUGCAUCUGGUGGAGCUUCGCAAAGCGGGAGGCGACACUUUAGAAUUCCAAAAGUUCUAUAAUAACCUCUCAACUGGACUGAAAGAUAUUGUAUGGAGAUACGGAGACGAGGUGGAGCAGGAAAGUAAGGGUGCAAAUUGUUGAAAGUUCGGUAAUUGCUUCUUUGGAGUGAAUGUUCAAAUAUGCAACCCCCCCCCCCCCAAAAAAAAAAAAAAAAAAAAGGGAGAGAGGAGAGAAAAACUAUGUUCAUGUUGUGAAAUUUGGAGAUUUUUAAUAGUAUGAUAAGAUGAAAUGACUUGGCCAUUAUUAUGCAUUUUUUUAAAUGAAUAAAUGAUUUUUUUGUUUUAUAA